GUAAAUUAACAAUAAUACUAUCCUCUCCACUAGCAUGUGAAAUCAUACUAAAAAAGCAAUUUAGACCGAAACCCACAAGAGAGAUUAUAAAACUCUACUCGGGCAUAGACAAAAAUUUUCAAAAUAAUGAUGGGUUUCGCGUAGGAUUCACGAUUACGCAGUAAAAUUGGGCCAAAGUUGCGAUCUUUGACAUCCACGGUUGCCUUAUUUAUUUGAAGACUCUGUGCUUCAGUUGGCAUAGUUGCUGAAUUUGGAGUGGGAUUGGAGUUCUUCAAUACCUUUGCUUUAGAAGAAAGCAUGAAUGCAUUAGCAGCAACCAACAGAAACUUUAAGCUAGCAGCUAGGCUGCUGGGAUUAGACUCCAAGCUUGAGAAGAGUUUGCUUAUUCCAUUCAGAGAAAUCAAGGUUGAAUGUACCAUACCAAAAGAUGAUGGCACUUUGGUUUCUUUUGUUGGUUUUAGGGUCCAACAUGACAAUGCUAGAGGCCCCAUGAAAGGAGGCAUAAGAUAUCACCCAGAGGUUGAUCCAGAUGAGGUGAAUGCGUUAGCACAACUCAUGACAUGGAAGACAGCAGUAGCAAAUAUCCCAUAUGGUGGUGCUAAAGGUGGGAUUGGAUGUAGUCCGGGGGAUUUGAGCAUAUCUGAGCUAGAGCGACUCACCCGAGUAUUCACUCAGAAAAUUCAUGAUCUGAUAGGAACUCAUACUGAUGUUCCAGCUCCAGAUAUGGGAACUGGUCCUCAGACCAUGGCAUGGAUAUUAGACGAAUAUUCAAAAUUCCACGGCUACUCACCGGCAGUUGUGACCGGCAAACCUACUGAUCUUGGUGGAUCUCUAGGCAGAGAUGCCGCUACAGGAAGAGGAGUCCUCUUUGCCACUGAAGCAUUGCUUAAUGAGCAUGGGAAGUCCGUAGCGGGACAACGAUUUGUCAUUCAGGGUUUUGGCAAUGUGGGUUCUUGGGCUGCCCAACUGAUUAGUGAACAAGGUGGAAAGGUUGUUGCUGUAAGUGAUGUGACUGGGGCUAUAAAGAACAAAAAUGGUAUUGAUAUUCCAAGCUUACUAAAACAUGCCAAGGAACACAGAGGUGUGAAAGGAUUCCAUGGUGCCGAUCCCAUCAAUCCUAACUCAAUAUUAGUCGAGGACUGCGAUAUUCUCAUUCCAGCUGCUCUUGGAGGAGUUAUCAACAGAGAGAAUGCAAAUGAUAUAAAAGCCAAAUUCAUUAUUGAAGCUGCUAACCAUCCCACUGAUCCGGAGGCAGAUGAGAUUUUGUCAAAAAAAGGAGUAGUUAUUCUUCCAGAUAUAUAUGCAAACUCAGGAGGAGUUACUGUUAGUUACUUUGAGUGGGUGCAGAACAUUCAAGGAUUCAUGUGGGAUGAGGAGAAAGUGAAUAAUGAGCUCAAGACUUACAUGACUAGAGGUUUCAAAGAUGUAAAGGAGAUGUGCAAGACCCACAAUUGCGAUCUCCGAAUGGGAGCCUUCACUCUUGGAGUUAAUCGAGUUGCACGAGCUACUAUUCUUAGAGGUUGGGAAGCCUAAGACAGCAUCUACUUUGAAUAAAGAUGGAGGCUUGCUUCAGUUAGUUUGAAACGCAAGGUUUUGUUAUAUGUAUUUCCUUCAUUUCCACCGGAGCAUUCGUUGGUGAUUCCUAUUAUUUAUGAAUUAUCGUUCAAAGAAAGUAAGGGAAUGCCUCAAAUUCUCUGUUUUAGAUUGCUUCUCUAUGUCUGUUGUGUAAUUUCAGCCGAAAAUUAAUAACCUUACAAUUUCAGAUUACCAAGGCUUUUAAGUUUUCUUGGUGUUGAUUAUAACAGAUGAGGAAAAUUAAGUUUUA